AUGUCCACGCCUCGACGUGCGAGCAUAUCUGCAGAUAAAGACUGUCCCAAGUGCCGUACCCGUCGCAUCAAAUGCGACAGAUCGGUCCCAGCAUGCCGGAACUGCACCACACGAGGAUUUCCAUGUCCGGGAUACGGUCUCAUCCUCCCAUGGGGCCAAGGAGUGGCUAGCAGAGGUAGACUGGCGGGCAGGCAGCUACCUCUACCAUGCUCCCCGACUAUUGCCCACUGCCCUGAUGCAGUAACUUCCGAACUCAUGUAUCACUACCAUCAGAUUGUGUCUGCCAAGGUGGCUUGGGUGGAUGGCCCGACGAAGCCCUGGGGACAGGUCAUCAUUCCACUGGCGGGGGCAUCGUCGACUGUCCUUCAUGCCAUGCUUGCACCUUCGUCGGAAGAUCUUGCUGCGCGUUACCCGAACGACCAUCCGCGUCGCCAGCAGCUGCAGGUCGUCUCUGUAUGCCGCCGGGAUCAGGCCUUGGCUUCGGUGGCUCAGCUUCUUCGCCACAUGAGGCAGGAAGGCUCUUCCUCCAAACAGGCCCAGUGCGCACUGGCCGCCACGCGCAUCCUCUAUAACGUCGAACUCCUCGGCGCUGCAUCGGCUAAGUGGCGGGUGCACUUGGAGGCCGCACGUGUGAUCCGCCGAUGGACAGAACACACACUGAUGGACGCCGGAGGCACGGAUGAGAUCGAUGCCUUUUUAGUCUACGAGCAGUACUACGCCAGUGUUUUUGCUAGCCUUUCGAUGCCCUUGGGGAGUACGAGGCUAUUCCGCUGA